CUGGCUACUUGCAAGACUUUCUUCAGAGAUAUCCCCAAAGACACAGAAGCCAAGUUAUGAAGUGCACAAAAAUUAGUGAGAAAUCCAGAAACAGACUACUGGAAUCUUUACUCUGGGCCAUUCUUGAUGCUCAGCCCCACCCCAGAUCUCCAGCUGCCCAAUAGAAAUUGAAGCUCAGAGAGGUGAAGUCACCCAGGAUCACACAAUGAAUGACGGAGAUGGAAUUCGAGUCCAGGCCUCCUCAGAUGGAUGUCACCCGCCUACUCCUGGCCACCCUGCUGGUCUGCCUGUGCUUCCUCACUGCUUAUAGCCACCUGGCACCUGAAGAGAUGCCCACCAAUGACAGAAGCCUGAGGAGCAACUCCUCCAUGAACCUGUUGGAUUCCCCUUCUGUCUCUAUCAUGGGGCUAAACAAGAAGUCCAAAAAGAUCAGCAGAAAAGAGGCAGAAAAGAAGACAGCUUCCAAGCAGAGAAAGGCUUCGAUUAAGAAGGUGACGCGGGUCCGGCCCCCGCCGCCGGAUCCCUGCGUAGCCACCCGGGACAGCUGCAAACAGCCGGCGCCCCCCUGCUGUGACCCGUGCGCCUCCUGCAUGUGCCGCUUCUUCCGCAGCACCUGUUCCUGCCGAGUGCUCGAUCCCAACUGCUGAGCGCCGCUCCCAGCUGUCAGCGGGGCGGGGCUUCCAGGACCAGAAAGAUCCUUUUCCCUUCGAGGAGUCCGCUUUACAUCGAAAGUACGGCAGGCUGCGCACGCACUAUUUCCGUGGUCUGGGGGGAACCCGAUCAUCCCGGCCCUAAAACUAUACUCCUCUUAAGCGUUUCUCCGGGUCAGCUGGAGACAGUGCUGCCCCCUACCUUUAAACCUGAGAACACCCGAAGAUGCCUCCACAUCCAGGGAAUGCAGACCACCAGACAGAAAGGAAACAUUAAGGAACUACCAUUCAGUCUUUCCCUUUCUAAGGAGCUCCCCCUACCCCCCGCCCCCGAGAAAAACAAGGAAGGUACAACUCCAUACACAAUCUCACUGGUUUGUCUGUCCUGGGGGCAUCUGCAGAUAAACCUGGGAUGGCUGCUUGUGACUGGGCGAUGCCAUGGGUCCCUACAGCCAGAAGGCUAUGCCUUAGGAGACUUCCAAACAAAGGUGCCACUUAUGCCCACUCCUCCCUUUUUUCCAGGGAUUUCUAGAGGUGCAGGGGACUGGGAGGAGUUUCUCCCACUGCCAAGCUAAAUAAAUACUGACCAUUGGUCCCCAGGCAUUUUUAACCCUGACAACCUUUAGUUGGGGCUCCAAGUAAAAAGCAGGGGUUCAGGACUCCUUCCUCACUCACCUCAGUGUCAGCCAGGAAGCAGGCAGUGAGCUUGGUGAUUUGAAAAUAAAAGGAAACCACUAAAAUGGGAGUCCAGAGGCCAGAAAGGGAAGCUCUAACACUCCAUGGCAACUACAGGAAGAGUUGUCAAUUAUAGGCCCCAACAGGAAAAGAUGUUCAUUGCAUCUUCUACAAGAAAUCAACUACCCUAGCAACUCUGCCAAUGAGAAACCGUCACCUCCCUGAAAUCACUUUUCUCCAAUGGACCUUUGUUCAAAACCUAUCCCAAAUUCCUUUUUCUCCAUAAAAUACGGUUCCUUUCCUUCAUUCUAUGGCUUUUGUUAUAGUUUGCUUGCCCUGAUUUUCAACACUGCUGUUCCCAAAUAAACUCAUUUUUGCUGAUAAAAUAA